AUGCCACGGUCACGAUGUUGGAUGCCCCCCGGUGUCUUGUUUGCCGUGCCGGAAUCGGGGGAUAUGACUUUGGUGGUGACUUUGGGUUUGUCGGUUCAUUUUGCCAGCUUGUGUCCUCGCCUUUGCCAACACGGUGCCCUCCUGGGCACUCUAACCCUCUUCCACAUGUGGAAACGCUUACCCGCCCCUCUCUCCAUUCUUUCUGUCCUCCUGCGGUGGCCCCUUUCCUCCUCCGUGUCCUGCGUAGCUCUCCCGGCGUCGGGCCCUGCCACUCGCUCCCAGCCCGUGGCACCGCAGCAACUCGCCGCCCGGAGGGCAGGGCAGGGCCGCGAGCUGCGGGUGGUGAUGAACACCAACGACCCCGACUACGAGCACAUCUACUCCAUCGAGAACUACGACGACCCGUUAGAUGAGCUGCUGUAUUUCCCUCCUGCUGACAAUCACACUGACGGGGGGGCAGAGAAGGUGGUCAAAGUUGAAGCAAAAAAGACCCCCCAUGUCGUGCGAGUUGGUGGAGAGAGAGGUCGCAAAGUUCCUGCUCUGAAACCGCCCAAGCUCAGAAAGGUCAGGUCACCCAAAGAAGCCCCAGGCGAAGCCCCGGCAGAAGCGUGCCUCCUGCCAAUGGAGGAGGGCAGCUGCGUCCGUUUCACUUUGCGUUGGUACUUUAACAGCCACGUCCAGGCGUGCAGGCCCUUCAUCUACAGCGGCUGCGGAGGAAACGACAACCGCUUCGUGUACUUGGAGGAGUGUGAGGAGGUGUGCCUUGGCAAGGCUCAAGGAUCUUCUCCCUCGCUGCAAACGGCCCGGUGAUGGUGACCAAGUCCUUCUCGACACAUGAACGUCGAGCUCUCUAAAGCUUUUCAAAUGCUUCAUUCUCUUGUUACAUGUCAAUGGUAAAUAUGUGUUUUUUUAUCUUUAUUUAUUAUUAUCUCCCCACUGAACCACACUUGAUACUUUAUCUUUAUACUUCCCAAAGCAUGCACAAAACACCCCGACAUGGUGCUUAUUAAUUUAAAAGGCAAUUGCGUUUAUUAUGAAAGUAUUGAUACUGAAGAUAAGCUUCGCAUUGUUUGGAGAACUUUUUAAUCACUCUUUAGAAGCUCGUGUAGGCCAGUGAUUCCCGACCAUUGCGCUCCGGCACGUUUACGUCCCGCGGGAAAUUAUUUCAUUUCACUUAAUUUGUCGAAAAAGCAACGAACAAUUACAUGCUUGUUCACUAGAUAGCAAAAGGCGUGUCCACCUGUUGUCGCUCAUACGAGACAAUGAUAGUUUUUUGUUUUGUUGACUAGAGAGGCCACAUUUCACACGGAGCAAGUAAAAAAAAAGAUGAUUCUCAUUAUUUCACUACAUGUGUUUUGUGACAUUUUUUGUUUUGCAGCGUCCCAUGAAAGUUUUUCAAAUGUAAAACGUGCGCCUUGUCUCGGUGGUUGGGAAACACUGCUGAUGUAAUGUAAUAACUACAAAGAAUUUGUACCUUAAAUUACAAUAUGCAAUUAAACACAAUAUUCCCAUGGGAAAUAAUCCCUAAUCUGACUAUUUAAUCCUUUUAAAACUUCUGAAUCCAUUGUGGGGGAAAAAAACGGUCUCAUCUUGAAUAUCAUUAACAAAGAUAUUACUUAACACGCCACCACUGUAUGAUCACGUCUUCCCAACCAAUGGCUUCAAUUGAAGAUUUAGGCAUUUUAUUUUCUAUGCUUUUGUCAUUCGAGGAACGUGUGUUUUUCUACACGUGGAUGCAUGUUUACUCAUCAGAAAUUAGUUGUACUGAAAGUUUUUUAAAAAAUAUGGUAUUGCAUUUUGAAUAAACUUAGUGUAAACAGUUUCCUGGCGUGUGAACAUCAAUUAUGACAUCACAGAGAUGGGCCGGAUUUAUCAGACAAUAUGUCAAUGUCAUCUGCGGGCGCACAAGACAAAUCGUGUGUGCGAGCGUGUGACCGAUCAAGAUGUUCCAUUUUCAUCAGCAUAUUUCUUUAAUGAGAGGAUUUUCUGGUUGUUGGCCACGACGGCUCC